AUGUCUUCCUUCGCAAACAUGAAAUCAAGCGCUCUUCUCGCUCUUGCGGCCUCUGUUGCCCAAGUCUCCGCUCACGGCUUCGUUCAGGGUGCUGAUGUUGACGGAACCUACUUCGGAGGUUAUCUCGUCAAUCAAUACCCAUACGCUGCCUCUCCGCCUGCAGUAAUUGGAUGGACCGAGUCUGCCACUGAUCUCGGCUUCGUCGCUCCAUCUGCCUUCAGCGGCGGCGACAUCAUCUGCCACAGAGAUGCCACCAACGCACAAUUGAGCGCCAGCGUCGCCGCUGGAGGAACCGUCACCAUGGAAUGGAACACCUGGCCAGAGUCUCACAAGGGACCAGUCAUCGACUACAUGGCCAAGUGCGCCGGUGACUGCGCUACCGUCGACAAAACUACCCUCGAGUUCUUCAAGAUCGCCGAGAAGGGUAUCGUCGACAACACCGCAGCCCCAGGAACCUGGGCUUCUGACGAGCUCAUGGCCAACAACAUGUCCUGGGCCAUCACCAUCCCAGCGACUCUCGCCCCAGGAAACUACGUCCUCCGUCACGAGAUGAUCGCUCUCCACAGCGCCGGUUCCGCAGACGGAGCUCAAGCCUACCCUCAAUGCAUCAACCUCGAGGUUACCGGAUCCGGAACUGAGACACCCGCUGGUGUUGUCGGUACCGCGCUGUACACCCCAACUGACCCAGGUAUCUUGGUCAACAUUUACACUGCCGGUCUCGAAUACGUUAUCCCAGGUCCAGCUCUCGCUUUCGGUGCCAGCUCCGGUGGUUCUACUCCAGCUACUCCAGCUUCAUCUUCCGCCGCUGCUCCUGUCGCAACUUCAGCUGCCGCCCCAGCUGCCACUUCUGCCUCCGCUCCAGUUGCAACUGACGCGCCAGUAGCUGUCCCAACUACUCUCGUCACCGCCAUCCGCUCUUCCACUGCCGCCGCACCAGUUGCCACCGCAGCCCCAGUUGAGGAGGACGAUGAAUGUUAA